AGACCCUCAUCCAAAACAUUGUGUCUUCUCAUUUCCAGAACUUAAACCUCAGACUCUAUCCAGACAUCGACUGAAAGUGAUAAGCUCCACAGCACUAUCCUAACAUGUCCGGCGUAACGCCCAAUCUCGCAGCCGACACGCCUGAACGCGCGCGCCUCCGCAGCCACUUCCAUAGCGAUGAUCGCACGAAAGACAGCAGCAAAUGGGAUGAAUUGUACAAGGAAGGCUUCCUGCCAUGGGACAAAGGCUUUCCCAGCCCUGCACUGGUCGAUGCACUUGCGCAAAAGAAAGACAUCCUCGGAUCGCCAAUCACAAGAGAUGGGAAGCGGAAGACGGCAUUAGUGCCGGGUUGCGGGAAAGGGUACGAUGUUGCGCUUUUGGCAAGCUAUGGCUAUGACGCUUGGGGGCUAGAGGUCAGUCCGUUGGCCGUGAAGGCGUGCGCGGAUUUUAAGCAAGGUAUAGAGGAGAGCGGCGAAUAUAAGGCUGUAGACGGGGAAAUUGGAAGAGGGAGUAUACAUUUCAUGGAGGGAGACUUUUACAAGAGUGAUUGGGUUGAGAAAAUUGGAGGAACAGUCGACCUGAUCUAUGACUACACGUUUCUAUGUGCCAUGCAUCCUGAUCAUCGGCCUGCCUGGUCAUUCAGAAUGUCUCAAUUACUGUCACCGAAGGGCCACCUGUUAUGUCUUGAGUUUCCUUCCUACAAAGAGCCUUCGACUGGAGGUCCACCAUUCGCUGUCAGAGAAGAGGUAUAUAUUGAGCACCUCAAACGCCCAGGAGUUAGGAUUCCCUACAAUGAGGACGGUUUUAUCAUCCAGGAACCGUCCGCGAAGCCAAAUGAGCACGCGCUGAAGAAGUUGUUGCGCUGGAAGCCCGAUAGAACGCAUAAGAUUGGUGAGGGGACAGAUUGGAUGUCGAUCUGGAGUCAUCAUAGUUGACGAGCCCUCAAUCAUUUGAUCAGAUAUUGUCCAAAGAGAUC